AUGCCUUUGGUGCGUAAACGACGAGCGGCCGAGCCCGCCAACUCUGAUAAUGCAGCUCCCGAAUCCAGCACAAACCGCCGACAAAGACCGCGCGGAGAAGACUCUUCUGAAGGAGAAAUGACCGACAGCGAUGGUGGCGCGGGUGCGCCAUCCAGCCUCGACGCCAUGGUGAAGAAGAUGGUCCGAUUCGCCCUUGCGAGCGAGUACUCGCGUCUUCCGAUCCGUCGUUCCGAUAUCAGCGCCAAGGUACUAGGCGAGCAGGGAACACGUCAGUUCAAGACCGUUUUCGAGCAGGCCCAGCGCGAAUUGAAGAGUAAAUUUGGAAUGGAGAUGUGUGAGCUGCCGGCUCGAGAGAAGACGACGAUUUCACAGCGGCGGGCCGCUCAAAAGAUCGAAAAGCAAUCGAGCUCGAAUAAAUCCUGGAUCUUGAUCACCACCCUCCCCCGCGCUUACCAAACCCCCGCCAUCCUCCCACCAGCAAAGGCACCCUCCUCGGGCGUCGAGAGUACCUACACAGCUCUAUACACAUUCAUAAUCGCCCUAAUAAUUCUAAACGGCGGCGCCCUCGCCGAACCAAAACUCGACCGCUACCUAACCCGCAUGAACGCAGACCAACACACCCCCAUCGACCGAACAGACAAACUCCUCCAGCGCCUCUGCAAAGAAGGCUACCUAGUCCGCACACGGGAGAUGGACGGCGGCGAAGAACUGAUCGAGUACAUCGUGGGGCCGCGGGGUAAAAUUGAAGUGGGGAGCAGGGGUGUGGCUGGGUUAGUGAGGGAGGUGUUUGGGUGGGGAGAGAGCAGGUCUGGAGAUUAUGGAGAUGGGGCGGCGGGCCUCACGCAGGUCGAGCAGGAGGAAAAGGAUAUCUUUGAGGACCAAUUGAAGCGGAGUCUUGGGAUUCGAGACCGAGAUGGCCGGGUCAGUGGGGAGGCUGUAUCUGCACAACGCGAGGAGGAGGCUAGUGAGGGGCCUAGACGCUCUGGUCGGCCUUCUACUGCUGCUCGUCGGGAGGAUUCUUCUUCUUCUUCUUCUUCCGAGGAGGAGGAGGAGGAGGGAGAGGAGGGGGAGGACGAGUCGGAUUGA